GUAUAAACAUUAUUUCAAAAUAAAGAUAAAAUAAAAAGAUGAUGUGCAUAUAGUGGGGUAUAGUAAAUAGUGGAGGAGAAAGUGAUGAGAGGUUUUUUUUCUCCUCAUUGAUGUGGUGAAAAAAACAUUUAAUGAGAGGAAUUGUAUGAGAAGUGAGAAAGUGGGUAGAGAGAGAUUGAGAGGUUUUUUUUUCCCUCACUGCUAAUAAUGGUCUAAGGAAUAUCUAUAGGAAGAAUAUUUUCUUGGGUCCCAUUCAGCCCGAAACUCUGACCCGCUUUGCCCAUAAACCUUUCCUCUUAAACCCUAAAAAGUAAAGAACCCUCAAAUUUUAGAAUUCAGACUACUUUGUGAAAAGAGAGAAACAAGUUGAUAAGAACGAUGGCUCAAUUUCAUGCCUUCUCUGCUACUGCUGCUGCUGCUGCUGCUGCUGCUCCUUCUAAUUCAAUUUUCAAUGGUCCUAAAACUUCUGGUUUUCUCCAGGUUCAAGAUAAAUUAUGCUGCUCAAGAAGAUUGUCAAUGUUUAACAAGUUUGGUGCAAAUGUGAGCGAGUUCUGUGGCAGUGCAGUUGUCCAAAAUAGCAGGUGCACAAGUGAAGUUCAGAAGAAACAGGCUAUCAAAGCAAUUUUAUCAAGUGAAAAAGAGGUAGAAACAAAUGGUAGAGGUCUGCGUGGCAAAUUGAAUAAAGUUGUUCUAGCUUACAGUGGAGGCUUGGACACAUCAGUUAUUGUUCCUUGGCUGAGGGAAAAUUAUGGCUGUGAAGUUGUUUGUUUUACUGCUGAUGUUGGCCAGGGUCUGCAAGAAUUGGAGGGCUUGGAACAGAAGGCAAAGGCGAGUGGUGCAUGUCAAUUAGUGGUGAAGGAUUUGAAAGAGGAGUUUGUCAAAGAUUACAUAUAUCCUUGCUUGCGUGCGGGUGCUGUUUAUGAGAGGAAGUAUUUACUUGGGACGUCAAUGGCACGCCCUGUCAUAGCAAAGGCUAUGGUGGAUAUUGCUAAAGAAGUUGGAGCUGAUGCUGUUUGUCAUGGGUGCACUGGAAAAGGAAAUGAUCAGGUUCGUUUUGAGCUUACGUUCUUCGCUCUUAAUCCUGCUCUCAAUGUUGUUGCACCAUGGAGGGAGUGGGACAUCACAGGAAGAGAAGAUGCUAUUGAAUAUGCUAAAAAACACAACGUACCUGUUCCUGUAACAAAAAAAUCUAUUUAUAGCAGAGACAGGAAUUUGUGGCACCUUAGCCAUGAGGGUGAUAUCCUGGAAGACCCAGCGAAUGAGCCGAAGAAGGAUAUGUACAUGAUGAGUGUAGAUCCGGAAGAUGCGCCAAACACACCCGAAUACAUUGAAAUAGGCAUUGUCUCUGGAUCCCCUGUAUCACUCAAUGGAAAGGAACUCUCCCCAGCAACCCUAUUAUCUGAGCUCAAUGAGAUUGGAGGAAGACAUGGAAUUGGACGUAUUGACAUGGUUGAAAACAGAUUGGUGGGUAUGAAGAGUCGUGGGGUGUAUGAAACUCCUGGUGGAACCAUCCUUUUUAAUGCUGUUAGGGAACUCGAGGCUUUGACCCUUGAUCGGGAAACAAUACAAGUAAAAGACUCUCUUGCCCUUAAGUAUGCAGAGCUUGUUUAUGCAGGUCGAUGGUUUGACCCUCUUCGUGAGUCCAUGGAUGCUUUCAUGGAGCAAAUUACACGAACAACUACUGGCUCAGUAACGCUCAAGCUGUACAAGGGGUCUGUCUCGGUAACCAGUAGGAAAAGUCCAUAUAGCUUGUACAGAGAAGAUAUCUCAUCAUUUGAGAAUGGGCAGAUUUAUGAUCAGGCUGAUGCUGGUGGUUUUAUCAGACUCUAUGGUUUACCCAUAAGAGUGAGGGCCAUGCUUGAAAAGGGCAUGUAAGAAAUUUUAAGACUUGUGUUGUAACUUCUGAUACAUGUUGCUUCGUUCUGGUCAGUUUAGCCAAGUUGAGUUAAGAGUUGUAUCAUCAUGACCUAAUUGGGUUUUACAGCAUUUUAUUCAAAUCUUCAAGUGAGGAUUGAUAGGUAAUUAAUUUUAAUAAAUAUUGUUUUAUCAAAACUUGUACAACCAAGAUUCAUUGUCAUUACUAUUGUAUGAUUUGGUGAGUGAGUUGGCAUGGCGAACAAGUGCUGUCUCGUGCCUGUUUUUUCUUUCAGGAGCCAAUGUAAGCACUGUUUUUGGUAA